AUGGGAGACCUGAGUUCAAGUCCCACCCUUGGCACAGAGCCAGCCCGGAGGCUUGGCCCGGUCCCUCCCUCUCAGGCCCAGGAAGGAGAUGGCAGGGCAAGCGCCCUGCCGGAGACGGGCACCUGCGGAGACGCCUGUGACGACGACCGGGACUGCCCCCCCAGGCAGAAAUGCUGCCUCACGGGGUGCCGCCGCGAGUGCACGGAGCUCGAGCAAGGUCUCUGCAGCCUUCCAAAAGACCCCGGUUCCUGCGCCUCCCGGCUGGACAUCUUCUACUACGAUGCCACCACUGCCACGUGCGAGGCCUUCAAGUACAGUGGCUGCAAAGGGAAUGCCAACCGGUUUUACACCAAGGCGGAGUGUCUGCAAGUCUGUAGAAGGCUCGAUGUUUGCCAGCUGCUUGUCGAUCCGGGCCCCUGUUCAGCGCACCAUCCCAGAUUCUAUUACAACCCACAGAACAAGACGUGUGAGAAAUUCACCUACGGCGGCUGCGGAGGGAAUGGCAACCGGUUUGAAACACAGAUGGAGUGUAUUUGGAAAUGCCGGAAUCCAGGUAAAAGCAAGAACAGGCUGGCGGGAGGCGACCCACUGAGACUGGGGAGCUGAGAGGUUUGAGACAAGGAGCCAGGGCUCAGCCUCCCGGGAGUCCCGGAAAAAGGACAGACCAGCUUUGAGAGACCUGGAAUUCUUACCGCGACUGCCCCCUUUCAGCUCUUGGACCCGGGCGGUGAUGCUCUGCAUGGAUUCUGCCAGGGCCCUGACCUGUGUUCUCUGGGCUCUGGGCUCUCUUAACGGGCUCCCCUAAGGGCACUAAUAACGGCCUGCAGUAAUUCUUAUUAAAAACCUUGGU